AAGGACGCCAAACAAAUCUGCUUCUUUCUUACUCGCGUACAGCAAAGGAAUUGAUAUUUAUAAAGUACAGUCAGUUUAAGAACACGUCGCAGCUUUAAGGGUACUGUUGUGCUCAUUAAGCUAUGCAUUUAUUUGACAGAAUUAUGCACGAACGAACACUUUUAAAGCUGGAAUUUAAUCUUAUAAACGCCGUUAUUCCAGCCUGGCCAUACAAAUGAUUCAAGCGUUCAACAUCUAGAACGUGACUUUACUUCUUUUUUUCUUAUUCUAUUUUUCCCCCCUAAAAACGAAUAGUUUCAAUGGCUGGCAAAAAGAAAGAAGUGAGUUUGCAGAUGACUGUCACGAACCAAGAGCAAUGGGAUGAAAUGCUAACGAUAAAGGGGCUGAAUGUGGUCGAUGUGUAUCAGCAAUGGUGUGGUCCCUGCCGCGCUGUCGUCAGCCUUUUCCGGAAAGUGAAGAACGAGUUGGGGGAUGACCUGUUGCAUUUUAGCACGGCAGAAGCAGACAGCAUUGAUGCCCUGGAGAAGUACAGGGGAAAGUGUGAACCUACAUUUCUGUUCUACGGAGGUGGAGAACUGGUUGCCUUCUUGCGAGGGGCAAAUGCUCCUCUCCUGCAGAAGAUGGUGUUGGAGGAGCUGACCAAGGAGAAGAAGGUUCUGGAACAGGGAGCAGAGCGCAGGGCGGUGAAAGAUGAAGGUCUGAUGGAGGAGGAAGAAGAAGAGGUCGUUGACAAUGAGCAAAGUGAUGAAGAUGUGCUCGUUCCUGCCAGCAAAUCAUACACAGUGGCGAUCGUAAAACCGGACGCCGUUGCGCAUGGCAAAGCUAAUGAAAUCAUAAUGAAGAUCCAGGAGGCGGGCUUCGAGAUCCUUGCCCACGAGGAGCGAGCUCUGAGCGAGGCGGAGUCGCGGGAUUUCUACCGGCACAAGGCCGCCGAGCCUUGCUACGAGGAGCUGGUGCAGUUCAUGUCCAGCGGCCCCUGCCACGUCCUGGUGGUGUCCAGCCAGGAGGGGUCUGAUGAUGUCAUCCCAGCAUGGCGGGAGUUCAUUGGUCCAGCGGAUGCCGAAGAGGCCAGGAGAGACAAGCCAGAGAGCUUAAGGGCCCAGUACGGCACGGAGACGCUCUUCAACGCCGUGCACGGCAGCGACGACAGUGACCGGGCCAGCAGGGAGCUGGCCUUCUUCUUCCCCAACUUCAGGACCGGCUCCGCCCUGGGCCAGGCCGGGGCGGAGGAGGACCCCGCCGAACGGACACUGGCUAUCAUUCGUCCCGAGGCGGCCAGAGAGCACAGAGAAGAGAUCCUCUUUCGCAUCCAGGAGGCGGGCUUCGCCAUCGCCCUGCAGAAGGAGGUGGUGCUGACGGAGGAGCAGGUCAGGCAGUUCUACAGCCAGCACACGGAGGAGGACUACUUCCCCGCACUCCUCCAAAACAUGACCAGCGGGCCCGUGCUGGCCCUCGCAUUGGUCCGGACGGGAGCCGUCGAGCGCUGGAGGGACAUGCUGGGGCCCAAAAAUGUCACCAGGGCCAAGGAGGAGGAGCCUGAAAGCCUGCGGGCGAGGUUCGCCCCGGAGGACGACCCCGUCAACCAGCUCCACGGCAGCGGAAGCCCGGAGGAGGCGGAGCGGGAACUCGGGUUCUUCUUCCCCCGCGAGCACACGCUGGCCGUCAUCAAGCCCGACGCCCUGGAGGAGCACAGAGAGGAGAUCCUGCGGCGCGUCCGCGAGGCCGGCUUCGCCGUCACCCGCGCCAAGGAGACCGUCCUGUCCCGGGAGAUGGCCGAGGAGUUCUACCGGGAGCACCGGGACAAGCCCUUCUUCGGCCAGCUGGUGGAGUUCAUGUCCCGGGGCCCCUGCCUGCUGAUGGCCCUCGCCAAGGAGAACGCCGUGGAGGAGUGGAGAGCCAUGAUGGGCCCCGCCGACCCCGCCCGGGCGAAGGAGGAGGCCCCGGACUCCCUGAGGGCCCGCUUCGCCGCCGACGUCCUGCGGAACGCCGUCCACGGCUCCUCCAGCCGGGAGCACGCCAGUGCGAAGAUCCGCUUCGUCUUCGGGGACAUCCAAUCAGACCAGGGACCCGAGCUGGGCAGGGAGGACCGUGCGGAGGAGGCUAAAAUUAACGGACUGGAGUCAGACAUCCCCCCUGGUGACCCCAGUGUCACAGAGCCCCCCGAGCCCGCCCCGGGGGAGAGCCGCGAAGCAGGAAGUGAGGAGGAACAAUCACAGCCCGGCGGCCAAAGCGCCCAAGAAGAGGCAGAGGCAGCACCGGACCCGGGCGCUGAAACAGGAAGUGGAAAUGGCCCACAGGAGGACGCCCUGAGCGCUGAGCACAGCGAGAACCCCCAAAAUUCACACAAGGGGGACCCCGGAGGCCCGCCAGGUGAAGGGCACCACAACACCCACAGCCCAGCAGGGGAAGAAACGCCUCCGCCUUGACCUGACGGGCCUUGGAAGGCACCAUCUGGAAACGUCUCGGGAAGAAUGCAGCGAGGAAACAGGAAGGUGUCUUCGCAUCAAAAAUGAAUCACGAUACGUAUCUUCCUCAGACAGAGCAGCACGCUGUAAAUUCAGUAGGCCACUUUAGAAUGUCUAAUUUCUUCAUGUGAAGGAGGUCAAGAGGAAGUCCUGCGGUUGCCACGGUGCACAUGUCUUCCUGUCUGAUUGUCUGCCUCUCGACAAUAUACUGUAAAGUAUCAUUUGGUGAAACUCAGUGAAAUUGCACGGGGAAAUUUGAAAGAACAAGGCUGUUUUUUGCAGGAUGUUAAUUGCAGCUGAGGUAUGCACUGCAGGCUACACAAUCACAGUACUGCAAAUUAAAAUCAUGUUCUAUUGUGUUGUUA